AUGAGGAUUUUUAGACCGUGGAGACUGCGCUGCCCUGCCCUGCACCUGCCUUCUCUCUCUGUGUUCUCACUCAAGUGGAGCUUGCCCUCCCUCCCCACUGACGAGACCAUGUGUAAAAGCGUGACCACAGGUGAAUGGAAGAAGGUCUUCUAUGAGAAGAUGGAGGAGGCCAAGCCAGCCGACAGCUGGGACCUCAUCAUAGAUCCCAACCUCAAGCACAACGUGCUAGCCCCAGGCUGGAAGCAGUACCUGGAAUUGCAUGCCUCGGGCAGGUUCCACUGCUCCUGGUGCUGGCACACCUGGCAGUCGCCCCACGUGGUCAUCCUCUUCCACAUGUACCUGGACCGAGCCCAGCGGGCAGGCUCGGUGCGCAUGCGCGUCUUCAAGCAACUGUGCUACGAGUGUGGAACCGCGCGGCUGGACGAGUCGAGCAUGCUGGAGGAGAACAUCGAGAGCCUGGUGGACAACCUCAUCACCAGCCUGCGCGAGCAGUGCUACGGGGAGCGUGGCGGCCAGUACCGCAUCCACGUGGCCAGCCGCCAGGACACCCGGCGGCACCGCGGCGAGUUCUGCGAGGCCUGCCAGGAGGGCAUCGUGCACUGGAAGCCCAGCGAGAAGCUGCUGGAGGAGGAGGCGACCACCUACACAUUCUCCCGGGCGCCCAGCCCCACCAAGCCCCAGGCCGAGGAGGGUUCUGGCUGCAACUUCUGCUCCAUUCCCUGGUGCUUGUUUUGGGCCACAGUCUUGCUGCUGAUCAUCUACCUGCAGUUCUCCUUCCGCAGCUCUGUCUGA